UCCUGUCCCCGGCUGAUGACGCCGCUCCUCGGUGUUUACCAUGGCGACUACCUGCUAAAUGAAAGAAAGCGGGUCUCGUAGCUGCUGAAAACCUCCACGAAACCAAGAAAACGUCGAGAAGAACACUCUGUUAUGAUGUCCAACCGAACCGCUUACUUUUACGACCCGGACGUGGGCAACUUUCACUACGGUGCUGGCCACCCCAUGAAGCCUCACCGUCUGUCUCUAACUCACAGUCUCGUGUUGCACUAUGGACUCUACAAGAAAAUGAUGGUGUUUAAGCCGUACAAGGCGUCUCAGCACGACAUGUGUCGGUUCCACUCUGAGGACUACAUAGACUUCCUGCAGAAGGUCAGCCCCAACAACAUGCAGGGCUUCACCAAGAGCCUCAACACCUUCAACGUCGGGGACGACUGUCCUGUGUUUCCAGGUCUGUUUGAGUUCUGUUCGAGAUACACCGGAGCCUCUUUACAAGGAGCCACGCAGCUCAACCACAAGAUCUGCGACAUCGCCAUCAACUGGGCCGGAGGGCUGCAUCACGCGAAGAAAUUUGAGGCGUCAGGGUUUUGCUACGUCAACGACAUUGUCAUCAGUAUACUGGAGCUCCUCAAAUACCACCCCAGGGUCCUAUACAUCGACAUAGACAUUCACCAUGGCGACGGCGUCCAGGAAGCCUUUUACCUGACCGACCGCGUCAUGACUGUAUCCUUCCACAAAUAUGGAAACUACUUUUUCCCAGGGACAGGUGACAUGUAUGAGGUGGGGGCAGAGAGCGGCCGGUACUACUGCCUCAACGUUCCCCUCAGAGAUGGCAUCGAUGACCAGAGCUACAGGCAGCUGUUCCAGCCGGUCAUCAAACAGGUGGUGGAUUUCUACCAGCCGACCUGCAUCGUCCUACAGUGUGGAGCAGACUCUCUGGGCUGCGACAGACUGGGCUGCUUCAACCUCAGUAUACGAGGACACGGGGAGUGUGUGGAGUUUGUAAAGAGUUUUAAGAUCCCUCUGUUGGUGCUGGGAGGAGGAGGAUACACAGUCAGGAACGUGGCUCGCUGCUGGACCUAUGAGACAUCUCUGCUGGUAGAUGAAUCCAUCAGUGAUGAGCUGCCUUAUAGCGAGUAUUUUGAGUACUUUGCCCCAGACUUCACGCUGCACCCCGACGUCAGCACCAGGAUAGAGAACCAGAACUCCAGACAGUAUUUGGAGCAGAUCCGUCAGACGGUGUUUGAGAACCUGAAGAUGCUGAACCACGCACCGAGUGUCCAGAUUCACGACGUUCCUUCUGACCUGCUGGGUUACGAACGCAACGACGAGCCCGACCCCGACGAGAGGGGGGCCGAGGACAACUACACCAGGCCGGAGGCAGCCAACGAGUUCUACGACGGCGACCACGACAACGACAAAGAGAGCGACGUGGAGAUUUGACCUGAGAGAAGAGACAGCGAAAGGGACGAACUCUCCUUCCUCCUCCUCCUCCUCAUCCCUCUGUCAUGCAGCAGCCGCACUCCCUCACCGAUGUUUUGAGUUACCAGGAACUUUAAAAAAACCUGCCUGCACCACAUUUGGGACAGCUAGGAAAGACUCAGACUCUGUUAUCCUCAGCAGGCUCCACUGCGUCUUAAACUCCACAAACACACACAUUGAACUCAUGAUCCAACCAAAUCACCGAAUACGUUUCCAUUCACACCUGUAUUCUCACUUUUAUUUUUUGAGUUCUCGCCUGUCAAACCUGGAGCAAGCAGGAUUAACUUUUUCAAUUGGAUAUGUCAGGUGGGAUAUACUGCAUAUAACUGCAUUUUUUAUCACUUCUUGGAAUGUAGGGACAGGUAGUUUGAAGUGAUCCGUGCAUGUAAAGGCACUUACUGGAAAAAAAAAAAAAACAAAACAAAAAAAACAAAACAUCUCCUGUACCGCAACAGUUCUCAUCAGGUGUCAGGGCUUCAGGACCUUUAGUCCAGCUGCUCCUUGAUAUUUAAAGCCAGGUUACAUUACUAUUUUUUUCUACCUAAUUCUCCGUCUGGCUGUGUGCCGGGGCCUCAUUAAUGAAAACCAACCCAGAUCGCAUUGUCUCUUCAAAUGCUUGUAUGAUUAACAAAUUCAUUACAAGGACAUAGUACUGCAUAUGCACCUUCCAUCUGUGAAUUAAAACGAGGUGCAUAAAAACCAGCUUCACAGAACAUGGUGGGGUCAGGUUUUUUUUUAUUAUUAUUAUUAUUGUUAUUAUGGCAUAUCGAUAGUCGUGCCUUACACCUCACUGAAGUCAGGAGCUGUCACAGAGCUGGGCACUUGUCUAAGAUCAAAGAGAGCUUUGCGUAAAUGAGGCCCCUUGGACCGGACCCCAUCACACCCAACCAGGAAGUAGUCCCGUCUCAUGUUUUUCUACUCCUUUUCUUCUCCCUCCUUUUUAUUGUAUAUACAAAUGUAUGAACUGUCAUUGUGUUUAUAAUGUAGAGGACGAUAAUUUCGACAAGGCAGCUGGCAGUCUCAGCUAGUGUGCAGAUACACGGUCCUGACACACACGUUUGUGUUCGCUGUGUGGCAUUUUCCCUUCACACACACAUGUAAGGAAGGCAAUGUUGCUCUUCUCUUGUACCUCGCAGAGUUGCCUGCAUAUCAUAUUUUAGGGCCGGGAUGUACUCGGCAACUUUUACAACAACAUUGAAGAAUCUGUCCGUGAAUUUUUAAUCAGACGAUGUGACAACUUUUAAUCAACCAAUUGGAUUAUAUUGCAGUUUGCGCGCUCUCGGUUCAUUACCUGCUGCUAGGAGUGUUGCCGUGUCAUGUUGGCCAAUAAGUUGCCACAUGUAAUGCAGUUGUACUGUUCUCCUUAGGCCUGCAAUCUGCUGGCAGCAUCCAACAGUUUCACAGCACUGGUUCUUCACUCUGCUCCUCUGUCUGCUCACCUUGACUCAUUAUGGUUCCACCUCAGAGGAAGGACCGUGUUUGAAGCCACUUUAAAAACACAUUCUGCCGUCUCUGCCUCCACACACGGCUCUCCUCUAAUAGCCAGAAACAGGUUACUUGUGAUUUUUUGAUAUUGUUGUUGACAACUUUUUGUUUUUAAUAAAAUGAAGAAAUAGA